AUGACAGAACGUAAGGGGCAUUUUUCAAGCCGAGUGCUGAACAUGAAGUUCAUGCGUACUGCAGAAAAAAAAGAGGGUUUAAAACUGGAAGAGGAGCAGAAGAAACGCCUGAAAGACUUAAGUGAGUGGAAACUGGAAGGAUCUGAAGAACUUAUUGACCAGAUCAAGAGGAGACAGCCAAAAGUGACAAUUCUUAGUUAUACAGCCAUACAUUCAUUGGAAAACAGAGGUGGCGUAUCUGGGAAAAGAACGUUUACCAAUGAAGGUGAUAAAGCACAGGAAAUAGAUUCAGCAAAGGGCGAAAAAAUGUCUGAAAAUGAAGGGGAUGACCCUAUGGAAGAGAAAUCGAGUGAAUUACAAGAAAAUUUCCAUAAUGAAAGCAUAGGAUAUAAAGAUGGUCCAAACAGUGCAAAGAACUUGUUAGAGCUUUGGGCUGCCAAAAACAAGAAGAAGACCCAGCGUGGGGUAAGGAAGCCACGAAAAUGA